CCCACCAAGCCGGACAUGAAACGCUCCAAGCUCAAACCCCUUCGCUCCGGUCUCAAGGACCUCCUGCUUGAAUACUGUUCCGGUAGUUCUAUCCAUGGAGUUCAGUACAUGGGAAGUCAGAAUCGUUCCUGGUGCGAACGAUUCUGGUGGAUGGUAGUGUUCGGAAUGUCCGUUGGGAGUUGUGCCUUCUUGAUUCACCAGACGUACGACAAGUGGGACCAAACUCCGGUGAUUGUGAGCUUUGCGGAGAAAUCGACUCCGGUGUGGCAGAUUCCCUUUCCGGCGGUUACCAUUUGUCCCCAGACGAAGGUUGACAUAAUUCUGUUCAAUUUUACGAAGGAGUUUGAAGAGUUUAAGCAGCUGUCGUUGGAGGAUCGACUUUCGCAUAAUAGGUCGGAGGAAAUCCUUGCAAUGAUGCAACUUUGUGAACGAAACUUUUUUCAAGUAUUCCUGACUCGGUCGAAUUUUCCAAACACAACAACGUCACUGAAUUACGGAGGUAUCAUACAAAACAUGUCAUUGAGCAUUUUUGAUUUUUUGGUGGAAUGUCGGUUGGUCGGUGAAAUCGUGCCCUGUCAUGAACUUUUCACAGAAACAAUGACCGAAGACGGAAUCUGUGCAACUUUCAAUGGAAUAUCGGCUAAUGAUUUGCUACGAACUGAAGUUCUUCAAUCGGAGGUGUCCUACAUCUCUGCAACUAAGCCUUCUCCACAUUGGACACAAGAUAGCGGGUACUCUACACAAGCUAAUCUUUCUGCCAAUCCGUAUCGAACGCUUGGAUCUGGAGCCGGAGCAGGUCUAUUUCUGCUCCUAAGAACCAUAGACGCAGAUAUUGACUACCUCUGUCGAGGACCCGUCCAGGGGUUCAAAGUUCUAUUCCACUCCCCAGCGGACUACCCCCAGAUCUCGAAGAAGUUCUUCCACAUCCCGAUGGAUGCAGCCGUCAACAUGGCCAUCAAACCGCAAAUGAUCACCACGAACACCCGCCUUCGAGCUUACACCCCCGAACUCCGCCACUGCUUCUUCAACCACGAACGCUACCUGCAGUUCUUCCGCGUGUACUCCCAGGACAACUGCGAGCUGGAAUGCCUCACCAACUACACCCUGCACCAUUGUGGAUGCGUCAAGUUCUCAAUGCCCCGCACAAACCAGACCCGGACGUGCGAUCCGGCCGAGAUCGACUGCAUGUUUGAGGCCGAAACUCUGCUGCUGGAGAUGGACCUGACGCAGCACCGGGAGAACUCGGCUGAAGGGAACUUCCGGGCACGCUGCAACUGCUUGCCCGGCUGUACCUCGAUACAGUACGACGCGGAGAUAACGCAAACCGACUUUGAGUGGAUGAACUGGGUGCGGUCGAUGAAGGGGAAGGCGGAGAAGAUUGAGAGCAUGCAACUCUCCUACCUCGGGAUCUACUACAAGGAGCCCCAGUUUAUGACCUCCAAGCGAAGCGAGCUGUACGGAAUGACGGACUUUUUGGCCAACUGUGGUGGCAUCAUGGGACUUUGUAUGGGCAUCAGUCUGCUCAGUUUGGUGGAGUUGGUGUACUUUUGCUCGGUACGACCGGCCAUGCUGUAUCGUGGAAACAGGAAGCGCAAGAGCAAGUCCAGGAAGCAGAAGAUGGAAGAGUGUGCGGAGGUUUGCUUGCAGGAGGUGGUGGUGAAGAGUGAUUGAAGCUCUACUUAAGAGUUUGAAAUUGAGCCACUAACUGAUCUAGUUUGAACAGCUUAGUCAUUGAACUUUCGUUUAUCAGCAAUUGAAAGGAACAUAGUUUGUGGUGUCAAAAGAUUGUGAUUUGUUUGCGUAGCGGUCUAUCUUUACAAAUAAAUAUCUCAAUGUUUGUUGAUAGCAGUGCAGCACAACUUAUUUAUUCCUAGAUAAAGUACAAACAGUAAAACGAUACACUGCAAAAUCAAUCAAGAAGACACCCCUGAUUUCCACAAGCAACAUGUGGAAAAGUCAGUCUAAAUAUUUCGAAAAUUUCAAAAUAUAUUUACCCAGUUAAAGUUUCGUAGUCUUCAAGCCCAAACGAACCCACCACCGCCCCUGCUGAAUAUUCAACAGGUCUGAUUAGCCCACGUGUCACACUUUCCAUUGUGACGUGACGCGUCCUCAUCGUGCCAACCCAAGUAGGCGAACCCGGUAAUUGUCACGUGACACGCCAUUUCCCACGAGGAUAAUGUUGUCCACUUCCUGAGGUGUACUCCAAGCUGGUACAUAACGCAUGUCUGGGUCAGUAAAUGGCGAUUGCAUCACCACUACCUUGUCAGCAAAUGGGGGGCACGUUCACGGAGUGCUUCCCUGCAAGUGAGUGUGA